AUAACGAAGUAGAACGUCGAGUUGAAAAGAACCCGUGCGUUUAUCAGUGUAAAGUUAUCGUGUUUAUUAUACAUACAGUUCAAGUUUACAAAUGGUUGUGUUAGAAGGUGGAGGAAUGUUGUCUGCUGCAGGAAACCAGUAUCUUCAACCGGAUUAUUUAUCUCCAUUACCAACUACUCUUGAUGCUAAAAAGAGUCCCUUAGCUCUUUUAGCUCAAACAUGCAGCCAAAUUGGGGCCGAUAGCCCUCCAUCCAAAACCCUAAUUUCUCCUUUGGAAAAGAACAAGAAAACUGCUUUAGAAUCUAGAAGUUCCCCAGGAUCUGGCCGCGAUAAAAACGAAAAAUCUCACAGAAAUUCGCCGUCGGAAACUAAACUGGCAUUUAAACCAUAUGAAAACAAUGUUAUAUCCAAGAAGUCUGAAGAAACUCGUCCAGCGUCAAAGUCCAGUGUAAAUAACAACAACAAUGAAGAAAAAAAACAAUCAUCUACCCCAGAAAGAAAGUCAGUGUCUCCAGCUAACAGUAGUGCAACCCCAAAUUCUGAAAUUGGCAAAGCAUCGCCAUCGUUUGAACAAAAAUCGCCGACGCCGUCGGCACGAGGUGCUAGCCCGAUUAUCCGAUCUGGAUUGGAGAUCCUACAGGGGCACCCAAAAGACACCCCUCUAGGUACAUACAAACCUAGCGCUCUGCCAUCAAGCUUAUCAGGUGGUUUAAGUGGGCAUUUAAGUUCUUUGUGCUAUCCUCCUGGACUUGAACACACCACAAAUCCAGCAUUUAGACCUCCAUUCCCUGGUGCACCAUUCUCAAAUCACCAUGCAGCUAUGCUUUCGGGAUAUCCAGGUGCCGCUCCAGGUCCGUACUUAAGUUACGCGCGUGUUAAAACCCCAUCCGGCGGAGAAGCUCUAGUGCCAGUGUGUAAAGACCCUUACUGCACCGGGUGUCAGUUUAGCAUGCAAAAUCAACAGCUAUUGAUGAGCGGGGCUUCAACGCCUUGUCCAUCGGGCUGUACUCAGUGCGACCACCAAAAGUAUAAUUUGGCUAUGGCCAUGUCUAUGGUGCCACCUGGACCAGUGCCGCCAUCCAGUUUAGCCUAUCCUCAUCUAGGGCGGCCUUACAUCUGUAACUGGAUUGCUGGUGAUGCUUACUGCGGCAAAAGGUUUUUGUCUUCCGAAGAGCUUUUGCAGCAUUUAAGAACUCACACUAGUGGUUCAGAUACUGCUUCCGUUGUCACUUCUUCAGCUUCCUCCUUGUUAACUCCCCAUCCUCUCUUUUCAUCGGCAUCGGCGCUCCACAGACAGGGAUAUCCAAACCCACCUUUAAGUCCUUUAUCCGCCUCCAGGUAUCACCCUUAUGGUAAACCAACUUUACCCACGUCUCUGGCAGCAUCGCCAUACAGUGCUUUCAACCCUACAGCACUAGGUGCCUAUUACUCACCCUAUUCUAUGUAUGGACAACGCCUAGGUGCAGCACAUCCAUAGUAAAUAUGUUGACGGAUAUUAAUUCUGUCCAAUAUGCCCUUCUGUGAUAAAUUGUAUAUACAUGUUCUUCAAGCUAAAAGAUUAAGAGUGCAAUGUAAAUGGAAAUAUAUUUAUGUUAUUUAAAACUGUCCAAUAUCUGUUAUUUUCAUUAUAAAAUCUCCAUUAUUAAUUAAGUUUUCUGAAAUAAUGAUGAUUUAAAUAGACUUAAUUUAUGUUGGGAUUAAUUAAUUUAAUUUAAUUAAUUCGAUGAUAAUGCUUUAAUA